AUGUCCACCACAGCUCCACCACCAUCCACCACCGUCAUCACCACCACCACCGGCGUAGGUCUCGGCUACGGCAUCGCAAUUGCCGUAAGCAUCCUCGUCCUCAUCUCAACCAUCAUGCUCGCUUCCUACAUUUGCGUCCGGUUAAAAUCCCAAGGCCGUCGCAACUCCUUCCAUCUCAACCGCGGAAAUGUAACUAUAAAUCAAAAUUAUAUUAACGGUUCCGCGGUUCAGCCCGGGCCGUUUAUCUUGGGCCUAGAAAAGCCCGUGAUCGAAACCUACCCGAAGAUUAUACUCGGAGAGAGUCUGCGAUUGCCGAAACCGAACGAAGGCCCGUGUUCGAUCUGUUUGGGUGAAUAUCUUCCGAAAGAAACGAUACGGUGUGUUCCGGAUUGUCAGCAUUGUUUUCAUGCGGAGUGUGUUGAUGAGUGGCUUCGGAUGAGUGCCACGUGUCCGCUGUGUCGGAACUCUCCUGCGCCGUCGCCGGUGGCUACGCCGCUGUCGGAGCUUGUUCCUCUGGCUUUUCAUGCUAGGUGA